AUGGACCUACAAUCAGAAGCCAACAAGCGGAAAGAGCGGCUCGCGGCACUCAGGGCUGCCCGCGAGCAGGCAAAGAUAGGAGGAGCCAACAACAAGGACGCGAAGGAGAACGGCGGAACUGCACCAAAACCCUCAAUACGCUACCGUCCCGACGUUGAAAACGGGCACCCACCAUCAGAAGACUCAACUCCGUCAUCCGACCCCACCACCACCACAACAACAACGACAACCAAAAUCGGCCUCUCCAAACCGUCCAACCCCGCCACCCUCGAAGCGACAGCCGCGCAAAUCGCCAAGGAAGCCCUGGAGCUAGAUAAAGAGCGCACGGCCAAGAACGGGGAGCUGGAGAUGGCUGAUCUGGCGCCCAAGAAGCCGAAUUUCGACUUGAAGAGGGAUCUGGAGGCGAAAUUGAAGAGGUUGGAGAGGAGGACGGAGGCUUGUGUGGCGAAUGCGAUACGCGCACGCCUCCAAAAAGAAGGCGACCUCUCCCAAGCCGCCGACAUCCCCGACCGACAAAUCACAAACGACAACGACAAUGAUUCAGAUGACGAUAUGAUGACCUGA